AUGGCGUCUUCAACCCUACCUGUUAUCUCUCCCAAACUUACCAGAGAUAAUUACAGAUUCUGGAAAUCGCAGAUUCUAUUUGUAGCAGGUUCUCAUGAUCUGGGGGAACAUCUCACCGGUUUGAUUUCAUGUCCAACCCCCUUUAUCAAGAUCCAAAGUGAAAGUUCUUAUGGAGUUACAGAAAAGAAACCUAAUCCAGCUUAUGUUCAGUGGAAAAAGACAGAUAAAUCACUAGUAAGUUGGCUUCUUGGAUCCAUAUCUGAAUCAAUGUUUUCUGUUGUGUCAAAGGGUCAAUUUUCUACCAAAAUGUGGAUUGUUUUAGAAAAAGAGUUCCUUACUGAAUCUAGAUCUAAAACCUUACAUAUCAAGAACUUAUUACAAAGUACAAGGAAAGAUAAUCUAAAUAUUCAUGAUUACUUCAUGAGAAUGAAAGGAUUUGCUAAAGUUUUAUCAUCCAGUGGUAUAACAGUCACUGAUGAAGAAUUGUUAAACUACAUUCUUGAUGGCCUAACUUCUGAAUAUGACGCUGCAGUAGUAAAUAUCACUACUAGACUUGAGUCUAGACUUGAUCCACUUUCUGUCCAGGAAGCACAGAAAUUCUACAAAAGUAUGAGUUAA